ACAAGAUGGCCGCGUCCAUGAAUUCAUGUGCCAUGAAUGUCAAAACACUUUGUCGACUUUUAAGUGACUGUCACAGGAUAUCACCUAGUGCAUAUUUUUUAAGAACAAAAACUACAAACUUGGCCUCUUCGCCAAUCCAUCAAAAAUUUAACAUUGACAAACUGUUGAAUUGUAAAAGGCAAUUUUCUUCACAAAUAUCGAACGCAAAUCAGGGUCAGGGUACCGGUAGUAUCACGGACUCAAUAUUGCACAGCCGUUUAAGUAGAGAAGAACAGGAUAAAAAUGCAGAGGACACUGUAAAGACAAAUUCAGAGAAUAAAGAAGAUCAAAAGGAUGGAGAUUCUAAAUCGGACAAGUCGAAGGGUUUUACAAUGUUUGGGAAACAUGUGUCGUGGACGGCUUUUGGUUCUGGAAUGUUUUUGUCCAGUCUAGUAUCUGGCUUUAUCCUUCUAAUUGGGACAUGGGGCCCACCUGAAAGAGACAUUGAUAAUAAUCCUAUUGAGGAUGAAUUUUCGCAAGAUCCAUUGCCUUUAGCCUAUAUGAGAAGAACAUACAGAGAAAUAUUUGUACAAGUCAAGGUGACUCAGGAGCCAUCCCGCCAGAAGUUGUUACCUGAGCCACUCUCGUACCCAUACAUGCAGCCCCCGUACACCCUUGUACUGGAGAUGACAGACAUCCUCGUACACCCCGAGUGGACAAUGGUGAAUGGAUGGAGAUUUAAGAAGCGGCCAGGAAUAGACCACUUUCUACGAGCCAUUGGUCCACCGCUGUUUGAGGUGGUUAUCUUCACCAAAGAGUCUGGAAUGACCGCAGACCCAUUAAUCACCAAGGUAGAUCCAGAAAACUACAUCAUGUAUAGACUCUACAAGGAUGCGACACGUUAUGAAGAUGGCAAACACAUUAAGGAUCUGAAUUGCCUGAACCGUGACCUUUCCAAGGUCAUAAUCAUUGACUGGGAUUCCAACGCGGUCAAGUACAACUCGGAUAACAUGUUCUGUGUGAAACCAUGGAAGGGAGAAGACGAUGACGUUGUUCUCGGAGAAUUGGCUGAAUUUCUGAGAGCAUUGGCAGGGAGCAAUGUGGAAGAUGUGAGACCAGUGCUGCAGUACUACAGACAGUUUGAUGACCCCAUCGACCAGUUCCAUAAAAACCAGGCAAAACUUAGGGAAGAACAAGACAGACAGAAGCUUGCGGCUUUCGAGCGUGGAAAGAAAAACUUCACUAGUUCAUUUGCGUCAAAGUUCAAAUUCUAGAAUUCUGGAAUGCUCUAUACAGUUGUGGCCACUAGUUGAUGAUAUGAAGGUCCUUCAUGUUACGAAGCUCAGAGAGUGUUCCUUAAAGACUUGAAUGUCUUCUAAAGAAUUCAGUGAAACCGUUUUCAUGGUUGACUACUGUUGCGGUUAUUUAUGUGUGAUAAAAUUCUUUCGUGAAAAAGCUUUCUGUCAAUUCUGAAAUGAAACUUAUAAUAUUUUUAGUUUUUCAGUAGUUAUUUUAGUGACAAGUUUGCACAAACUAGUCCUAAAAACAAAAAAAAACUAAUUAGUGUGAUUGACUGUAAACCACUUUACUAACAAUUAUUGAUUCAUUUAAAAACAUGUUUUUGACUAGCAAGUCGUGGUUUUGCGAUCAUGAAAUGUAUCUUUCCUGCUUGCUAACACUUUUUAUCAUGGACAGAUAUUAUCAUUACAUUAAUGAAUGGUUCAAGUACAUACUUACAAAAAAUAGUGGUCUACAUUAUAUUGUGUGAACUACCCACUAACUCGGCCAACCACUGUUUAUAUCUACUGCUUCACCUGAUUAAAAUCAAUAAAAUCUCUGCUAAUAAACUGAAAUAAAUAUAAUGGAAACUUGAGAAAUACUGCCUUCUCUUUGGUCAAGAUACAGUGUAGACAACUAAGAUCAAUUUGAAAUGGUGUUUGUUAAAAUUAUGUUGUGAGCUAAUUUGUUUAGUUUUAUAAACAAGAAUGUCCAGGUAUUGUCUAAGGCUCGGUGUCAUUCCAAGCAGCAUGCUGUAAUCUUGGCCAUAACUAAAAAAACUUUACAACAUAUUCAAAUGAAACUUGGCUCACACAUUGCAAGAGAAAAUAUCGAGGGCACCGAAUGGAAAACCAGUUAAUGCAGAAAUGGUGUUUUCAGGAGAGCCAAAAAAUUAAAAUCCUGAACCUACACUGUUUUGCACAAUGUAGAGGGUUAGUGCAAAACUGAUGUUCUUUUACCAAUUUUAUACAGAAGUGAAACCAUCUUGCACUAAGCCUGUAGAUUCAUUUAACGCCUUUUAUCACCUGGCGAUUUUUUUUGUUUACUGAUGGGCUAUCUGAAAGGGUGUUUCCUCGAAAAAAGUGUGAAAAUAAGCAUAUUCAAGAAAGUUAAAAAAAAAACCAUUUGCUCCAAAAUGCAUAUACUGAUUUAAUGCAUAUACUGGUUUUUCAAUUGGUGCCAAUGAUAUGCACACAUAAAAGUAAGGCACCAACAACUCUUGAUUUAAUAGCUGUCAUUUUAUACCCCUUGCUUAACAGACAGGUACAUAGCUGGGGGAAUUUUCAAUAAGCCACUCCCCAUUCACUCGUAAAUAAAAGAAGACAAGUUUUUCUGUCCACUCUGUAGUAUUCUUUUUGCAGAUUUUUUAAUCAUGCUUAAGUUAAUGAUUUGUUUUCUAAUUCUAAUUAUGUAACAAUUAGAUAAACCUGUCUUGUUUUGUAUCAAAAUAUAUUUGAACAAUUAAAUAACAAUUAAAAUGCACAUAAUUUUUUAAAUGAAACCUUUUUUAUGGACUUUAUUUUUCCUAUAUUAGAAUUACUCUAGUUAUGACAGUCAUUAAAUGUAAAAAGAAUCUUUUUUGUUUGAAUUAUGUCUGAAACUAUACAUACAUGUACCUUUGCCUCUGAUUAUAAUUAUUGUACUAUGUACAUGUAAUACAUACUUGAAAUAAACUUCCAUGGAUUA